AUGUCCUAUUUACUUCUUCUUGUACUUUUGACUGCUAAUUUAAAAGAAAUUUCAUCUUUUGAUGUGCCAUGCUCACAAAAGCUUGUUGGAAAUAAAUGUGAUAAUGAUGAGAAUUGUUAUGGAAUCAAUACUGUAUGUAAGAAUGGACAUUGUUCAUGUCCAACCAAUUAUGAAGAAUUUGACAUUGAUGAGAAAACGUCAAUUUGUCGAUUAGCUCCAUCUCAGAUAGGUGAUGUAUGUCAACGUGAUUGCAAGCCACCACUUCUAUGUCGUGAUGGUAGAUGUGAAUGUUUUGGCGGAUCAAUAGUCAAAGGAAAAUGUCGUGUAGGCAAGUUCAAACAAAAUUUUUUUUUUAAAUACUGGAUUUUUACUCAAUCAAUGAUUCUAGCAUGUCCACCUGGUCAACAGCUAUAUGGUGUUGAAUGUCAACGUGUCGCUCAUUAUGGUCAAGUGUGUGAAAAGGAUAAUCAAUGCGUUGAUCCAUUUAACGUAUGCUCAGUGGGAACUUGUCAAUGUGCACCUGGCACCACAAGGGAUUUGAAGAAGAAUGUUUGCUUUGCAGUGUGUCCUGAUGGAAUGCAUCCACAUCAAACAUGCAGACGUCUAUUCAUUAAUGAUAUUGACAUGCUAGAGAAUGCAGCUAAUUCAGAUAGCUGCCCUUUGGGAUUUAGAUGUGUCACAUAUGGAAGUCCAUAUGUUGGUCACUGCUGUCGUCUUCGUUGUCCAUACGGAGAACCAGAUUUGAGUCAAUCAUGCGAUGCUGGAUCAUCGGCUGAAGUCAAGUGUAGAUCAUUAACUCAUUUCUGUUAUACCAUCAGUGAACCAGGAUGGAAAACGUCAUUGUGUUGUCCUAGACCUUGCAGAGAUCCAACACCAUUGUAUAUCAAUGGAUCCUGCAUGUCAAUAGCUCACAGAGAUGAUACAUGCCAAAAUGAUCAACAGUGUGAAGGAGGUAUAACUAUGAAUUGCAUUUUGGGAACAUGCCAAUGUAAACUCGGAUAUCAGAAGACAAAUGAUGGGAGAUUCCCAACUUGUGAGAAGAUAUGUGAUACCAUGAAUGAAGUAUCAUCAAAUGAACUGUGCUUACAAAAGACAAAGCUUUAUCAACGUUGUCUUACUUCAAAGCAAUGUCCCAGCUUAUCUGAUUGUUACUUUGGUCGUUGCCGUUGCUUAUGUGGAUAUCAACAAUCAGUCGAUCAAAUUCUUGGAGCACGUUGUACAAACCCAGAAGAUCCUUUGAGCAUCAAUACCAUUCUUUCUGGUGUUGAACAGUUGUUUGGAAGUAAAACAAGAAACUAA